UCUCUGCCNUGUUUCAUCUCUAUUGAUAGAUAUAUUGCUGUCACUGACCCUCUGAUUUAUCCAACCAAGGUCACAGUGCCCAUUUCAGGGAUAUGUAUUGCCAUAUCCUGGGUCUGUUCAAUAACGUACAGUUUUUCUCUCUUUUACACAGGGGUCACUGAUGAUGGGUUGGAAGAACUGGUCAUUGCUCUCAGUUGUGUGGGAGGUUGCCAGGCUGCAGUGAAUCAAGACUGGGUUCUUAUUGGAUUUCUUGUGUUCUGUAUACCAACAAUUGCCAUGCUUAUUAUCUAUGGCAAAAUUUUUUUAGUGGCUAAACAACAAGCUAGGAAGAUAGAAAGUAGUAGCAACCAAGCUCAGGCUUCUGCAGAGAGCUAUAAAGAAAGAGUAGCCAAACGAGAGAGAAAGGCUGCUAAAACAUUGGGAAUUGCUAUGGCUGUGUUUCUUGUCUGCUGGCUGCCAUAUUACAUUGAUUCAAUAAUUGAUGCUUAUAUGAAUUUCAUAACUCCUGCUUAUGUUUAUGAGAUCUUGGUGUGGUUUGUUUACUACAACUCAGCUAUGAAUCCUUUGAUCUAUGCCUUCUUUUACCCUUGGUUUCGGAAAGCAAUAAAGCUCAUUGUGAGUGGCAGAAUCUUGAGGAAUGAUUCUUCAUCAAUAAAUUUGUUUUCUGAAGAAGUGGAAAUACACAACUGA